AUGGGCAAGGAAAAGAAAAAGAGCAGAUAUAGAUCCAGGUCUAGAGAUAGACCUGAAAAACACAAUAAACGAAAGAAGGACAGAAGAAGUAGCUCGGAUUCCAGUAGAUCUCGUUCUCCAAAACAUAAAAGCAGUAAACACAAAUCCAAAAAACAUCACAGAAGACGCAGUGAAUCUAGCUCCCCAGAUCGUAAAAAGAAAAGGGUGGAAAAGACUAAAGAAGAACUGAGAAGAGAAAAGGAAUUAUUAAAAGCUGUUGAGACACCAGAAGAAAAAAGGGCCAGAAGAUUGGCUAAAAAGGAAUUGAAAGAAAGAAAAAGGAAGGAAGAUAUGGGAUGGGAUCAAGAUUACUUGGGAUAUUCGAAUGCUGACAAUCCAUUCGGUGAUGAACAUUUGAUGAACACGUUUGUUUGGGGUAAAAAACUGGAUAAAGAAGGAAAGAAAGACAUCACCUCUGUAGAGUUACAGAGACAUAACAAAAUAAAAAUGGCUGAGAAUCGGAGAGAAUUGGAGAAGGUGAAGAAAAGAAGACAAGAAAGAGAAAAACAACUAGAAGAGAGAGAUCAAGAAAGGGAAAUGUUACAGAGAGAUAAAGAGGCUGAAUAUUAUAGAGAAUGGGAAUUGCAGGAAGACAGUUUCCAUUUAAAUCAGGCUAAAAUGAGAUCACAGAUUAGAAUACAAGAUGGAAGAGCUAAACCAAUAGAUUUAUUAGCUAAAUAUAUCAGUGCUGAAGAUGAUAAAUUAGCUAUUGAAAUGCAUGAGCCAUAUACCUAUUUAAAUGGAUUAACUAUAACUGAUCUAGAAGAUUUAUUAGAAGAUAUUAAAGUAUAUUUAGAACUAGAGCAGGGCAAGAACGCUGACUAUUGGAGAGAUAUUAUCACAGUAACUCAAGAUGAAUUGAAUAAAUUACGUAAACUAGAUACCUCUAGUCGCGAAUAUUAUGGAGAUAGAAGAGAAGGUAUCAAUCAAGCUGUAUCAUCAGAAGUAGCUGAUAUGUUCAAAGGAAAGUCUACCAACCAAUUAAAAUUACUAGAAAAACAGAUUAAAACUAAACUAGAGGGUGGUGAAGGCAUUGAUAUUGGUUAUUGGGAGUCAUUAUUGCAGCAGCUGACAGCCCACACGGCUCGAACAAGACUUAGAGAACGACAUCAGGAUGUUUUAAAACAAAAACUACAGGAGUUAAAACGAGAGCAAGGGAUAGAGCCAGACCCUUUAUUUCCUGUUAAACAAGAAGACAGUACUAGUCGUGUUUCAACACCAUCACAAUCAGAAACUGAAAGUAGACCUGAGGUGAAACAGGAAGUAGAAGAGGAACAACAGCCGUCAACAUCACAAGUCAACACGGAGAAUGUUGUAGUGAAGGAGGAGAAACAAGAUGGAGAUCAGGAGGAAGCUAACGAGGCUGAAGAAGAAUCUGAUGAAGAAUUGAUAACAGAAGCUGAUCUAGAACAGAGUUUUAUAGAUGAAUAUGAAGUAGGGUGUUAUUCACCGAAACUAAUCAAACCCUCAAACCUGGAUAUUGAUGCUGUAGUGUACGAACCAGUUGAUGACCUCCAGAAACUACAGUUAGCUAGAAGUCAAGUUCUUAGUACUGGUAAAGUCAGGUUGGAUGGUGAGACAGAGUUUGAGAAGAAAGCCAGAGAAGGGAUGAAUGAUGAUGAGGCCACAUUCAGUGUCGAAGUAGCUUUGGACAACCAGGCUUUCUUAUGGUCUGAUAAAUACCGACCUCGUAAACCACGAUUCUUUAACAGAGUCCACACGGGUUUUGAAUGGAACAAAUAUAACCAAACUCAUUAUGAUAUUGAUAAUCCACCUCCAAAAAUUGUUCAGGGAUAUAAAUUUAAUAUCUUCUAUCCAGAUCUAAUAGAUAAAGCUAAAACUCCAGAAUAUACAGUAACACCCUGUGAAAACGAGAAAGAUUUUGCUAUAUUAAGAUUUCGUGCUAGUGCUCCAUAUGAAGAUAUUGCGUUUAAAGUUGUAAACAGAGAAUGGGAAUAUUCGUAUAAAAGAGGUUUCCGUUGUCAGUUUCAGAAUAAUAUAUUUCAAUUAUGGUUCCAUUUUAAACGUUUUCGAUAUAGAAGAUAG